CUGAUAACCUGAAGUCAUGGCAGAGAAACCCAAACUCUACUACUUUAAUGGAAGAGGUCGGAUGGAUCGAUGGCUCCUAGCAGCAGCUGGAGUUGAGUUUGAAGAAGUAUUUUUGGAAACAAGAGAACAAUAUUUGAAGUUACAAGAGGAUGGAUAUCUGCUUUUUCAUCAAGUGCCAUUGGUCGAAAUUGAUGGAAUGAAACUCACCCAAACUCGAGCCAUUCUUAGCUACCUGGCUGCUAAAUACAACCUAUAUGGGAAGGACCUGAAAGAAACAGCAUUAAUUAACAUGUAUACAGACGGCACUCUGGACCUGAUGUUAUUAAUUGCAUUGAGUUAUUUCAAGCCAGCUGAACAAAGGGAGAAGGAGAUUGAGCUUGUUGUAGAAAAAGCUAAAAGCCAAUAUUUCACAGUCUUUGAGAAGAUUUUGAAAAACCAUGGACAGGAUUUUCUGGUUGGCAACAAAUUUAGCUGGGCAGACAUACAAUUGCUGGAAGUUAUUUUAAUGAUUGAAGAAUCAUGUCCUACUGCUCUCUCCAAUUUUCCUCUGCUACAGGCAUUUAAAACAAGAAUCAGCAAUAUACCUAACAUUAAGAAAUUCCUUCAGCCUGGUAGUCAGAGGAAACCCCCACCAGAUGACCACUAUGUGGCUACUGUGAAGGAGAUUCUACAGUUUUAAUGGCCAAGGGUGGACCAAUUAUGCAAUAGAAAGAGAUUCUGCUUAUGAAUCACAAGAUGUGGGUUCAAAUCCUGUCUCUGAUGCUUACAACUUGUUCCUGGUCCUCAGUUUCCUCAUCUGUCAUUUAAGGGAGGGAUGUAACUGAUUGUCCCUUUGAGUUCUAUAUCAAUAAAUCUAAGAAGUAGAAAGUAUAAUGAUUUUAGUGAUAUUGUUAUGAAUAGCACAAAGUCAAUAUUAUGGUAAAUAACUGAAGCAUAUUUCUAGGUACUAAAAAUAAAAUGUUAACUGAGUACAAAACUGAUAAUUCCACUACAGGCAAAAGUUGAAAUCACAUGCAAAGUUGAUUAAAUUUAAAGUAUCUUU